UUGUUACCUAGAAGAAGAGUGUUGUGCGUUGAAGAUGGCGACACGCUUGAAGGUUCUUCGGGCAUUUAAAGCUCUACAUCGAACACGGAUGACUGUGUUUAAAGAAGAUGACAGAGCUUUGACAGCUGCCAGAUUAAAGAUAAACGAAGAAUUUAAGAAAAACAAGAAUGAAACAUCAGAGGAAAAUAUACAAGAGAUGAUAAAGAUGGGCAGAGCUGUCGAGACAAUCUUGCGUGAAAAUGUUGUGCAAGCAGAGCAUGUUGGAGAAAAUAAACUUUUGCUGCGACCUCGAGAGAGUCUGCUGUUAGAAAAUGUACCUUAUUGUGACUCACCUCGGAAAAAAGCGUGACACUGUGGAUUAACAGGCCCUGAUCUUCUGUCUCUGCUAGACUCUCGCAAAUGGAGCUCUUCAUAAGUCAACAAAUCACAGGUUUAAGGAUAUUCUGUAUAUGGGCAGCUUCUCUUAAACAUUAGGAUAAACCAGUAUGUUUAGAAAAA